AUGACCCAACAGCCAUACCUUAACGGAAACAGCCAUACACUAAAGAGGGUAGUCGUCACAGGUGGAUUAGGAUACAUCGGUUCUCAUGUCGUCGUAUCAUUGUUAUUGACAGGUCAAUAUCAACCCAUCGUAAUCGACAACUGUCACAAUUCGUAUCCUGAAGCUUUGAAUCGAUGUGCUGAGAUCGCAAGGGAUGAAAUGGGAUCCGAAGCUCCUCAGCCUAUAUUACACAAUGUCGAUCUGCGUGAUCACGAAGCAGUAGAAGAUGUAUUUUCUCAGUAUGAUGACAAGGGUGGUAUCUGGGCUGUUAUUCAUCUGGCAGCUUUAAAAGCUGUUGGUGAAUCUGGUGAAUUCCCUUUGAGGUAUUAUAAGACGAAUGUAGCGGGUACUAUAUCACUUUUCGAGUCGAUGGAACGACACGGUGUGAACAACCUAGUCUUCUCAUCCUCAGCGACCGUGUACGGUACACCCGAAAUCAUCCCUAUACCCGAGACCUCACCUCUACUACCUGCCUCGUGUUACGGUCGAACGAAAGCCGUGGUAGAAGAGAUCAUCCAAGAUCUGUGUAGGGUGCAGAAAAAGGACGGUCAAAGUAGUUUGAGAGCUGUCAGUGUGAGGUAUUUCAACCCUGCCGGUGCUCACCCAUCUGGUAAAUUAGGAGAAGAACCCCGCGGAAAGCCAGGAAACUUGUUACCACUCUUAGCGCAAAUGGCCAUCGGAAGGGAGAAGAGUCAACUGAAGAUAUUCGGUACUGAUUUCCCUACACCUGAUGGAACUUGUGUUCGAGACUACCUACACAUCAUGGAUUUGGCUCACGGUCAUGUAUUGGCUCUUGAUGCCCUGGCCGUACCUACCACUCAGAAAAACAUCUUCUCGAAUUGUGAUGCGGAAAACGGUUCUUUCAGAUCUUUCAACCUCGGUAAAGGUAAAGGAAUGAGUGUGUUGAAUAUGAUUGAAGCCAUGAGGAAAGCGACGGGUUAUGAUUAUCAGUAUGAGAUCGUUGGUAGAAGACGAGGUGACGUACCAGACUUGACCGCUGAUCCAACAUUAGCAGAGAAAGAAUUAGGAUUCGUAGCUAAAAAAGGUUUAGAGGAAAUGUGCAGAGACCUAUGGAACUUCCAGACUAAAAACCCUCAUGGGUUCGAAUCCGCUCAAAAACAGAAUGGAACAAUUUGA